GUCCAACCCAAAUCAAAAACCCUAAUUUCCAUUUCUCUCCUUUCUCCUCUCCCUUCAAUUUAUAAACAACCACUAGUGUUUAUAUAUAAGAAAGAAAAGGCCUUUCUUGCUUGCUCUCUCUCUGUCAAAUCAAUAGAUCUUCCAUUCGAAAUGGCCACAGCAGCAGCAGAGAAAAGAAAGCCAGUGUUCAUCAAAGUAGAAGAACUAAAGCCAGGAACUAAUGGUCACAAUCUCACAGUCAAAAUUCUCGACUCUAAACCAGUCCCUGUUCCUAAACCACGUCGUGCUCCUAUGUCUCUCUCCCAACACCCUCAACGCCCUUCUCGUAUUAAUGAAUGUCUUGUUGGUGAUGAGACUGGGUGUAUUGUUUUCACUGCAAGAAAUGAACAAGCUGACAUGAUGAAGCCUGGUGCCACUGUCAUCCUGCGUAACGCAAAGAUUGACAUGUUCAAGGGGUCUAUGAGGCUUGCAGUAGACAAGUGGGGACGAGUUGAAGUUGCUGAACCUGCUAACUUUGCAGUUAAAGAGAAUAACAAUCUUUCUCUGGUUGAGUAUGAGUUGGUUACUGUUCAAGCAUGAUUACCAUCUCUCUAAUGGAAGUGAAUAUUUCAUAUUUAGUAAAAACUUGAUUAUUGUUUCCUGGUUGUGAACUACAUAAGACUAAGAUUCUGCUUUGAAUAUGGUACAAAGUUUUGAUGAGAAGUUGCAAGUUUCAUUGUUAACUGCAACAAUUAUCAGAUUGGGAAUGGAAUGCAGCUGAAUGUGAUUAUCCAA